AUGGACGAAAAGCAAAAUGAUGGUUUGGAAGUAUUUGAGGGCGGGCGGUUAGGUGCCCCCACCAUUACGGGCGCAGGUCGCGCCCUUCAGGAGGACGAGGUCGCUGAACUGCGCUGCGCCCCUGGGCCUCAACCUGACGGCGAGCCGCUGCCGCGACUAGCGUGGCUCUUGGACGGACAAGAAGUCGGUGCGAGUGUUGUUGAACGCUACGGCGCGUUCGUAGACGCUGAGGUUGAUAUUCAUCUUUCAGUUCCAGCAUCGCAGGUGGUGGCAGAGGGCGGCAGCUUGCAGGUCGAGUGUCGCGUGUCUCUGGGGCCGCUGCGCAACAGCGCCGUCGUUGUGCUGCGCAUGCGCCCGAGAGAAACAUUCAUAUCUUCUGCCACGCCAGCUACUGCCAUUCCAAUUGCAAACCUGCUUAUGUUCCUGUCGAUGGCCUGCGUGAUAAUGUCUGGGCAGCCUUGUUCUCCAUGGAGCAGCCUUAUAUAAAAAUAUGUAUAGAAUUAACCUUGUCAGUUGGUGCAUUUAACUUAAAUAAAAAGUUGAUGAGUUUAUUUAGAAAGUUCUAGAGUCGUAAUAUAUCUCCGAAAUGUUGAAAGGAGCGCAAUUUCCGGCCCAUAAUUAUGUAUCUGACGCCGAGAUUGUGGCAUAUACCCAUUAUUUUGCGACAUAUUCUAUCUGUGUUAACAGCGCCUUAGCAUGAUUAUCAAUAGUUUCACUGCGGUUAGGAGUUCAAUGUUGAUCGUUAUUUCGAAUUAGCUAUCGAUGAAAGAUUAUUGAAUGAUAUUGGUUGUUAGUAUCUGGUGCAUUUAUUCUGUUACAGUUCUUAUAUUUCAUGUAAUUUUUUCCGCCACACUUGGCUUACUCGGGUUUGCGCGGCACAGAUUGCAUAUUUAUUUCCUCUGUUAAGUUUUCAUGAUUAUUUGCCGAUUUGGCUCUUCAUGCGAUUAGCGUGAUAGUGCUAUCAUGUGAGUAUUUACCUGAAUUUUAUGACAAAAAGUUCUGAUAAUAUGAAAGUAGUAAAAAAGUGAGUAGCACAAAUAAAAGACUUGUAUUUUGUUUUUUUUUCAUUGUUGAUGCAAGGAGAAGCUUUAUUCAGUGUGAAGGUAGUCAAAAGUCGUAUAAACUUUGCGUCGUAGUCGAACGACGCUCCGAGCUUGUUUAAAGGAUGUAAGCCCUGAGUGCUUCGUAAUCUCCUAUUCCUGAACCUGAUCUCAAAUGCGAGGCAUGACCGCAGUAACAUCUGAUCAGAUUUUACGCUGCUAGAAAAAUUUAACACGAUGUAAAUACACGAACUUCUUAGAAUACUUUCCUCGUUCCUGUGUUGUCUCUGUAACUUCGAAGCAAGCGUUUUUUACUUCUACUUCAAUAUCUAUAAUUUCUUCACGUUUCUCGCUUACAUAAUCUCUUAAUUUUACGGUUUAAUAUACACUCAGUAAUUACAUUGAAUUUUCUGAAAAGCUGGACGCUUGGAUAUCUACACUUACUUUUUACAACCGAUUGCGUUUUUUCCUUGAUAGCUUCUAUAAUAAUUAGUUGGUUACUGCAUAUUGUUGUGAUGAGUGUAGGUCGAGUGUACUGCGUAUGUAUUUUUUUUUGUCCUGUGCGAUGCUCUAACGUCUUUUGUUAUACUAUAAAUAUUAUGUUGUACAUGUUGUACAUACAUAAAAUAUUUUAUCUCGCUGCUAUAAUAUUAGCUGCUUAUCAUGUUAUCAGUAGAUUUAAUUUUGUUGAUUUACAGUGAAAUUGGGAUCAUUGCCGAGUCUUCCCAAGUCAACUAAUUAAAAUCAUCCAAAACAAUUUUAUUACAAUAGAAACCGGAAAUAAGCUAACAAGCUAUAGAUGCAAAAAAGCGUCCCUCCGAGUUUAAGCCAUUAUUAGUAAGAAAACUAAAUGUCUUGUUUCAAUUUUAAAGCUGUUAUCACAAUUUCUCUAAUAAUUUGUAUCAAUAACUGUUGAACCCCUAAAGAGACAUUAUAAAAUUUUUAAUUAUAUAUUUUAUAUUUAUAAAUUUAGAUAUUUUUAUUAUAAAAUUGGUACAAGCAACUGACGUAAAGUUGGUUUUUCAUGCGAAAGUCAGAGUAUAAAUUUUUUUAUAUAUGUGCUUUCUUCGUCAAUUAAUCAAUUGAAAGACGAAUUAAUCAUCAAUCAAAUAUCUAACGGCAAUUAUGCAACGGUAGAACUAUCAUCAAGAUUAAAAACAAUAAUCGCAUAAGAUUGCUCCACUCAAUUUAAACUGCACGCUAGAAUUAAUGAAUAAUUGCUUCGCUCACCAGCUAUGACGCUAGAUCGUUAAUUUGCUGUGAAGCCGUUGCAGUUCUACACGAAGUAAAUAAAAAUCUACACUUACAUUUUCUAACCAUCGAUGCUGAUCGCUUUUUUAUUCAAACGCUUUAGGGGAUUUAUUUUUAUUUAGAAUCGACUGAGGCGUAUUUUUAAACAUGGCCUUUUGUCAUCAACGAAUUGCGCUUAUUAAAUAAAUGGAAAUUGAAGC